CGCGACGAACGCGCGCGAGUCGCGGGCGCGACGACGGCGACGGCGACAAUGCGCGCGAUGGCGUCCGCGGCGACCGCGCGAACGGGACGCGCGACGCGGUGUGGACGCGCGAGCGCGGACCGCGGACGCGCGAUCGGACGCGCGCGCGCGACGACGACGGCGCGCGGCGCGCGGACGACGCGAACGCGGGCGACGGGCGACGCGGGCGAGACGAUCGCGGACGUCGUGGACGUCGCGGACGGGACGAACGCGGCGGCGACGCGCGCGAUGGACGUCGUGGGGGACGCGGCGGAGGACCUCGGGGACGUCGUGGCGGGCGGGAUGGAUAAGCUCAAGAGCGGGGACUUCGCGAGCGCGUUCAAGGCGCCGGAGGGGAUGGAAAACGUUGAGAUUCCGGACUUUAAGGCGAAGAUGGGUGAAUUUAAACUUCCCGAAGCGCCGAAGUUCGAAGCGCCGAGCGUGGACGUGGGGGCGUUUAAGACGCCAGAGCUGCCGAAAUUCGACGCGCAGGUUGAGGUGCCGGAGAUUGAUUUCAGUGGCGCCACGAACGCGAUGAACGCGGGUAAAGCCUCGCUCGACGGGCAGCUCAAGGGUGCGACGAGCGCGAUGAAUGCGGGUAAAGCCUCGCUCGAUGUGCAGCUCAAGGGCGCGACCGACGCGCUGAGCGCGGGUAAAGCCUCGCUCGAUGUGCAGCUCAAGGGCGCGACGGACGCGGCAAACGCGCUUCAGUCUGGCGUGACGACGAGCGUGAACGAUAGCAUUCAGGGUGCGUUUAGUGCCUUCAAGGGCGUGCUGCCCGACGAGUUUGCCAAGCUUGUAGACUUGGCCAAGGAAGACACCGAUGUCGCCAUUGCGCUCGGCGUCUUUGCGCUCUUCGUGCCGACGCUCGCCGGCGGGGCGGUGAACAAGGCUCGCGGCUACGCCGGCACGAGACGGCCGGCGUUUAUCAACGACGAGCUCGAAAAGAACAAACGAGCAUUCCUCAUCGAUACUCGCUCGUUCGAAGAUCGCAAAGUGGACGGGGUUCCGGAUUUAAGAAAGGGUGCGCGCGACAAGGGUGCCGCGGUUCCCGUGGAGGAAUUGGACGCUCUCACUCGACGAGUCACUGCGAACCCGCGUGAGGUUGAGUUGCAAAUCGCCGGCGAGCGCGUGCUGAAGCUCACCAAACGUGGUGCACAAAUCUACUUUAUGGGUCCGGAUGCGGCGGCGCUCGCAAAGGUUGUGACCGCGAUGGGUGGACGCAAGUGCUUCACGGUGGAAGGUAACUUUGACGCGUGGAGAUCGACUGGCUUAAAAAUUCGUCGUAACCCGUCGUAUGACAAGAACAUCCUCGAUAAGGCGAGCGAAGAGACGGCCGAGUUGGCGCGAUCGGGCUCGCAGUUUGUUCAAACGCGAGUGGGUACCGUGAGGGCUACCGUCUCGUCCGGUUACAAGACGUCGACUCCGGUGCAGAAAGGCGCCGUCGCGGUUGGUUUCGUCGCAUUGGCGUACGCAGCGGUCGAAUGGGAAAAGACUUUGGCCUUCAUUGGUUUCUUAGGUCUCUUUUGGUCGCUCUACAACAAGCUGACGAGCUAUGAAUCUCCCGGGGAGUUGUUUGCGGAUGCUUCAAAGGUUUUCACUCCUGCAGUUGCCACAGUUGGUCGAGCGGCUUCGUCCGCUGUGAUGGACGUCGAAGAGGAAGAGGACGAAUCUCCGAUGACCAUCGAACUCCCGACGCUCGCCGAGAUGUCUGUUCCGGAGGCAGAAGGCGACCAAGAAGUGGAAGAAGCUGAAGAGCAGGAAGACGAAGUCGAGGCUACGGCGGAGCCCGAGAUCGAGCAACCGGAAGCGGAUGUCGAAGCCGAGGAAGAAAAACGCGAGGAAGAAGAAUAAGCGCGCCGUCUCGCAGACGCGAACGACGUCAACGCAAGCAAACAAAAGCAAAACGGUAUAGCCCGCAACCACGCGCUCGUUGUAAUUA